AUGUUUUCUAGAACUAGAAAAAUGAUGGCUUUGGCCUUACCUCCGCUAGAUAGUGGAUCUAGUUCGGAGUCAGAGAUAGAUGAACAACAUAUACCAGAUAUUGACAGGCUCUUGGCAGAAUUUGAAGAAGAGAAUGAAAAUGAUGAUUGGAACGAAGAAGUGUUUGAAGAACUUGAUGCUCAGAUAGUACCAGAAGAAAUUGAGAUGUUAAGAGAUGAAGCUGUUUCAGAAAUAAGUAUUCAUUUACCAUCUUCAAAUCAAGUACCAAGUCCUGCAACACCUCUUCCGACGGCAUCAUUAUCUGUAACACCCGUAAGUUCAUCAUCACGGCGUUCAGCUCGAGUUCAUAAAAAAACAGUUAUUGAGACUCCGGUCAUCACUCCUGUUCACCAUCCAAAAAAAAAAGUGCCGUUGAAACAUAUAGAUUUCACUUGGAAAUCAAUAAAAAAAUUUAAUUUUGGUGUUGAGGUUCCAGUUGAACAAAACUAUAUUAUUAACGAUACUAUUUUAACGCCCUUAGAUUACUUUACGAAAAUAUUUUCUAAUGAGGUAAUCAAAUUGUUAGUUGAACAGUCUAAUUUGUUUUCAAUCCAAAAAUUUUCGAAACCUCUUUCUACAACUCCCGAAGAAAUGAAAAAUUUUUUAAGUAUUAAAUUAUGGAUGGGUAUAGUUAAAAUGCCGUCAUAUAUUGAUUAUUGGGCACAAGGCACUAGAUUUGGACCAAUCGCAGAUAUUAUGCCAAUAAAAAAAUAUCAACAUAUAUUGCGAUGCUUACACCUAACAAAUAACGAAUAUGAUAACAACACCGAUCGAUUUUUUAAAGCAAGGGAAUUCAUUGAAAAAAUUCGUAUUAACUGUUUGAAUAUUUCUCAAGGAAAUAAAUUUUCAAUAGAUGAAAUGAUGGUGCCAUACAAGGGAAAGAAGGCUGGUUCACGUAGGCAAUAUAUGAAAAAUAAACCGAAGAAGUGGGGCUUUAAACUAUUUGUCCGUGCUGGAAUUGAUGGAAUGGUGUAUGAUUUUUUCCCAUACUCUGGCGAAAAUACAUUCCAGAAUGUACAGUUCUCCGAUUAUGAAAAUAGUUAUUUCGGUUUAGGACCAAAAGUAGUUAUUGCAUUAUGUAAAACUAUCCCUAAUAAACCACUCAGUACGGUUUUUUUUGAUAAUUUUUUUACAACACCGGAGCUUAUUCAUUAUUUAAGACAUGAAUAUGGCAUUCUUAGUCUUGGAACAUUAAGAAAACAACAUUUGCGUGGAUGUGAUAUAGACGAUAAGAAUUUGGCAAGCUCUUAUGCAGGUGAAGAACCCGUCCAAACAAUUCAAAGAUAUUCAAAAACCGAAAAAAAAAAAGUGCCUGUCCCUUAUCCUAAAAUAGUUGAGGAAUAUAAUACCCAUAUGGGUGGUGUAGAUCUUGCAGAUAUGUUUAUAGCGCUUUACCGAACUAACAUGAAGACACACAAAUGGUAUAUGGCAUUAUUUUCGCAGAUGUUAGAUCUAUCUGUAAAUAAUGCCUGGUUAUUGUAUAGAAGAGAUAGCAAAAGUGAAAAAAACACGAUGAGAUUAAAAGAAUUUAGAAAAGAUAUUGCUAUUGCAUUGGCUUGUAAAAAUAAGCCAAGAGUUGGUCGUCCUUCUUCUUCGAUAACAAAAGAAAAACAAAACGUAAAAAAAGUUCAAACACCGGUUGCACCAAGGCCUCCACAAGAAGUGAUACAAGAUAAAAUAGACCAUUGUCCAGCAUUUACCACCAAAGGCAGAUGUAUUUCUAAUGUGGAACACCUUUCCAUUCGAUGUCACAUUGAAUGGUGA